CCAGCAGCAGCAUCUAGCGUUGGUGCCGCCAACAAGACUCCGACACCGGCGUCUGGUGCCGCCAACAAGCCUCCAGCAGCAGCAUCUAGCGUUGGCGCCGCCAACAAGACUCCGACAGUGGCGCCUGGUGCUGACGCGGCCGACCAGCCUUCGGCAAAGGCGAUCAACAGGCCUCCAGCAGCUAGUCCGUCGAAGCCGACACCGGAAGAAAUUUUGGCUGAUCUUCGGAAGGAGAAAAUGCCGCGGCAAUCCAUGGGUCUGUCGCAGCCAGCUUCGGCUUCGGCAUCUUCAGGUCCUGUCAAGGAAACAUCGACGAAGCAGCCUCUUGCGUCCACCAAGCAAGAUUUGGCCGGCGACGGUACUGCUGCUGCAAAAGAGCCUGUUGCUGAUCCUUCCAAGAAAUCUCCGAAGGGAGACGGUGCUCCCAGUGGCGCAGCCACGAGGAGCGCCGCUGAUGUCAAAUCUCCAGCUUCUAGUUCGAAUGCGACCGCAGGCGCUGCGAGAGGUGCUUCUGCGAGCAGACCUGGACUUUCGGAGGUAAAGUCUGGAGAAGUAAGCGCGAAGACCGG